UUCGCGCGCGCGCGCAUCAAGGGAGACAAUAAGUCUUGUGAUUAUCGUUCUUGGGACGUGCAGCUCUUCGUGUGUCUCGUUGUUGACAUGGACAACAAAAAUAUAAAUACAGAAAAGAACGGAGGACGGUUCCCCUCUAGUCCAGUUUGUCGAGCGACAGGAAAUGUGUGCUAUCCUAUCCCCAGACCAUCAAGCUCGUUGUCUGAAAGUGUUACACAGAAUUCUGGUAAUUUGACUUCAGCAGGUCCAGAACUGGUACAAAGCCUGGCAAAGGAGAUCAAAGAGUUAGAGGGCCAGUUGGCAGAAGUUGAAAACCAGAUUGAGGAGCUUAGACAAGACGGUCUGGAGGAAUCUGAGCUAGCUGUUCAUAUAGAGAAGCUUCAUGAAUACAACGAUAUCAAAGACACUGCACAGAUGAUCCUUGGUCACAUAGCAACCCUCCAAGGUGUAAGAGCCAGAGAUUUGUAUCCACAGUAUGGGCUGGAGCUUGAUGACUGACUCAUCCUUCAGCUACUGCAUCUUCAUCAUUGUUCACCCUUCCAUUUUUAUUUCAGUAUUUAUACAUUACCUUGUAUAUAAGUAUGAACUCUACUAGUCAGGACAAAUAGUCUUUCCGCUUUGUUAAUAAAAUUAACUGUGAAUGUUCGAAGUGCCUUUUCCUUAAAUGUGUCUUCUGUUACAAGAAUGUAUUAAAAUAUGUGCAUAAAGCUGAAUUACCUUUUCUUUAUUUGGAUGCUGAAUUUUAAUACUCCAAGGCUUAAAAAUUAUGUUAAUGUGCUCAUAUUGACAAUGUUUUGUCUAUAGAAUCAGAGUCUCCUACAAUUUAGUCACAUUGAGGCAUACAGGAAAACCUUCGUUUAUCAUCCAGCGAUAGUGCUGAUUUUCUUACUUUCUCAAAGAUGUAAUUAAAUGUUCUGCAAGUAAAAUCUUUUCUUCCAUCAUGAUCUUUUAUUACUUAGCUGUACAGCACUUGCCGCCUCCAUGACCUUGAUUGGUGUUUUUCACAGUAAUGAUCCAAAGGUAUAGUUUGAAACAUAACCUAUUCAGGUCGUUAGUGGGUGAGGUGUUAGAGACCUUACUUUUUUGGGGGGCCAGCUUUAUGUAACUGUGAUUCCCAUCUCCUCUUCCUCACUGUCUUACUGUCAACAAUCCUUUAUGGAGUUGGGUACUCAUUCCCGCCAGCUGGGUUGUCUGGGAGAAGAUUGCUGUGCUACUGGAUGUCAAACCAGCACAAAUUCUAAGAAUGCCAUUGCUCUAGCCUCUCUGCUUCCUCUUAAUGAUCCAGAGAACUUGUGGACCCUAUCCAGAGUCUGCUGAUAGCCUUCGACUUCCAUAGACCAGGCUGUUUGAUCUAUAGCUAUAGAUCUGAUGAUCUGCUUAAAUAUUAGUUUUCUUCUGCUUUCUGGAACCAGGAAGUGUGGCUUCCAGGUUUGCCUCUUAUAACCAGUAACACAAAGGUAUUUAGCUUCUAUAAUGAAUCUCAAGGGUUUGUGUCUGUUUUAUAAUCUUAGUUUACUUCUUACGAUGUAGAUCAGGGGUGGGGAAUGUUUAGCCUGCAGAAUCAUAACACCAGGCCCGCCAAAACAACCCCAGAUUUCAGUAAAUCUAAAAGUUUUUUCAUAGCAAUACAAAUGUAUAUUAAAAUUAAUAAAAACAUAAAUUAUGAGGAACGUCUAUCGUGGUAUAGACUGGGCACAUAAGAGUACAUAAUGGGACAGGCACAUAUGCUUCUUGUCAGCUGCCUGUGGCUUUUAUGGAUAUGCUUGGAGAAUUAUGCAUCUGUCACCUUCAUCCCAAGCUGAUGGUAGUAGACCACUUCCAGUUUGAUGUUGGCUGUUGACACAGGUAAUGUUCUUCAACCAAAUCGACUCGUACAAUUUUUUUUUUUUAAUUGUCGACAUUGUUGUGUACCUUUGAAUAUAGAUCAUACCAAUAUAUCCUUUCUUUAAGUCCAGAGGAAGAACAACGCAAAAGCCUUGGCUAGUAAAAACUAGUGUUUAUUUGUGCGUGUGCAUAUCUGUGUUUAUCAUGCGUGUAGACUCCUUCAACAGGAGGUAUGUGUGUACUAGUCAUUAUUAUUAUUAUUUCAUUGCACAACCACAAACAGAAAAUUGUGCAUUAGGAAAAAUAUUUAAAAAUCGUUUUGUUACUAUCAACUUUGCCUUCUGUAGGAACUUUUUAAUUAUAAACUGUUCCUGGUUAAAGGAUCAGACAGGUGUGAUUUUUUUAAUAAUUUUCCCGUAAGAAGAAAAGUGUUUAACAAAGGUAAUGGACAUUUCCAUGACCUUUCGGUCGCUGGGAGUUGCUUUCAUUCCGAGGAUUGUGCCAAUCUUCCCUUCCUCAUAGUCUUUGUUCAAUCCUCUGAAGUUCAUCACAUGACUUUUUUUUUUUAGAUCAUUAGGAAGUGAGGCAUUAGAGACCUCAGUUGAAUUCCAUAAGUAGGAAAAAGUACACUAUCCCGAAGACAGCAGCCCAGCAAAUGUGCAAAAUUUUUGCCUUGGACUCUGUUGAUUGAACCACUUGGCUAUUUGCUUCAACUACAAUCUAUUAAGAUUUAAGCUGGAUGUAAUUUUGAAGUUUGCAUGUGUUUAGUGCUACUUGCGUGUUAUUCUAUUUCUUUAAUAGGCUUAGACUGUUUUUGAAAAGAACUGGCACCAUAAAAUAAUUAGCAGUGAUCGGCAUUUAUUCUACAGCUCAUGAAAGUCAUCUUCAGUGUUAAGUACCGUAAAUUUUGGACUAUAGGCCACAUUUUUCCCCCAGCUCUAAAUCCUGCAGUUUAAACAGUGAUGCAGCUUGUUUCUAAUUCUUAAUUUUUCAAUGAGCUCCAUGUAGAAGUGUGAACUGUUCACAUUUUUAAAUCAAAGCCACGUACAAAUGAAGCAUUCAGAUCAUUUGCUCAAGCACACACUAUCAUGCUGAAACAAAAUGACGAUGCAGCUUUCAAAAUGAUCAACCUGGCCAUUGUAUAUAUCUGCAGCUUAUUUGUGAAUAGAGAUUUUAAUUUAGUGUGCGUGGCUUAUAUACAGGUGUGCUCAACAGACCAAAAUUUACGGUACUAAACCGAGAUAAAGCAUUGGUUGUGGAUAUUCAUUAAGAUUUAGAUUCUGCAUUACAAAUCCAAACUGCCAGCAUACUCUAUGUUCCCUAUUUAAAGUUCUAAGAUUGGUUAGUAUUAGCAGAGGAUUUGACUCUACAUUCAAAUAGCUAGUUACUUAACUCUUUGAACCAAAAUGCUGCACAAAAGGGAACAUAGUCUGGUAUUUAGAAACCUUCACCUACCACUCUAGUUCUACAUUUGUCACAUUAUGUACAAGAGGUGAACUUCAAUCUGUUCAGCAAUGCAUAAAGUGUAUGCAUUUGGAAGAAAGCACACCUGUAUCAUUCAGCAACAUAUUGCUUCAGCAGAUUCUAAAUUUAAAACUAUUUAUGUUGGAAAUUUGGUGUUAAGGUCUGAAUAAUGUAACAUAUCUUAAUACCAUAUGCUUGUACAUGCCUUUAAGUUCCCAAAUACACUAUGAAAGAAAUUAUUUUUAAUCAGGCUUGCCAUCAGGGGUCAAAGUGGGUAGACCAAGUGGAAGCAUCUUGUCUCUGAAGCAAUAUGCAGAAACUACAAACAAUUGUUACAUUACUCUAGGACAUAUUUGCCACUGCAUUUUUACUACAGCCCCAGUGGUAAGGCUAGGGUGUCUGGACACCAUAUUAUAACUGCAAAGACAAGACACUUGCUUUCGAGUACCCAAUAUGUCCCAGAAUGACAUACCCUUGCUUCUAAACAAAAGCCCCAGAUAGUGACGCACUUGAGAUAAAAAUAUCCAGACAGCCUGAAGAUGCAGGUUGAGUUCAAUACAGGCCCCAAAUAUACAUUUAUGUAGACUGCUAAACAGUAACACAUCAACUACUGGCAAGACAUGGUGUUAGGCAUAGCAAGGCAGAUUGUGAAAGAAAUAUUUUUGUUUGAAUGUGCUGCACAUCAACUUGCCAGGCUAAUCAAGUAGACAGAAAGGUGUCUGAGAACUUUAAUCAUAUCACAUGCCAUGUAUAGCGGACCAUUAAAAUCACAGCACAUGUGUUACAAAUCUUAGGACCUAUUGUGUCAAGCAGGACAAUUGAAGUACAAGACUGCAAAAAGUGUCGUGUCUGUAACAUAAAACAGAAUGG